CGGCCGUCGGGGGAGCUCUCCGAAAACUGCGAGUUCCCUAAGUGAAGACGGAGAGGGUUUGCUGACAGGGCUGAACCUGCCUUCUGGUGGGGGAGAUCCUGCGGGAGUCAGGGGAUUGGUUGCUCUUUCCGCCGCGCCCUCCCUUAGGGCCUUAGGUCAGGAGGACAAUGAGCCCCUUACAACGCUCUGGUUACUUUGUGCCCGGUGACAGAGCCGGACAAAGGGAGCUUGUGUGGGCUCAGCUCCCUCCUCCAGCUUUACGCUGCGUUGGGAAUGUAGGGAGGCACUCUCCCGUGGACACGAGAACCUCGGAGCGUCCAGACCCGAGUGUUGGGGGUGGGCUUCAAAGAGUCCUGUGUGCGGAGUGGGCGGUGCUAGGGGCAGGGCUUUGCGGCCGCCCGGCCGCGCUUCCUGCUCAAAAGAGCACUUUGGGGUCAUAGGGCGGGCACAGGGAAGUCCUCUAAACUUCCCAGCCUUUUCUCUGAGAGAGUUGAAGCCCUAGGGCCACGCCUGAGAACUGACCUGAAGGGGUAGUGUUCACAGACUUUUCCCCGGGACUAGUGACAUCUAGGAAGCUAACGGGGGAACUGCGCCUCACCCUUCCUUCCUGUUUGCUUUCCUUCCCCAUAGCCGGUUACUGAUGGCCUGUUUGGGCUCCCAUAGGCUGCGUCUAGUCUCUGAGCUCCCUUAGGCCUGCAGCUGGGCUGAGGGUGUACCACAGCCAUGGCUCAGCCACUGACUUUAGUCCUCAAUGUCCCAGAGACCACGGGGGACGAAGACCUGGAACCCAGCCCCUAUGAAGAGAGCGAGGUGCACGACUCCUUCCACCGGCUCAUUCAAGAGCAGAGUCUUCUGGUCGCCGAGGAGGGGCUGGAGCUGCUGCCCCAGGCUCCAGACAGAGGUUACCAGACCCUCCGGAGGCCUGAAGGUGCCCCCACCCACAGCACGGCCACUCUCCGCAUCUUGGCCAGCAUGCCUAGUCGCACCAUUGGUCGCAGCCGCGGGGCCAUCAUCUCCGAGUACUACAACCGCACAGUGAGGCUGCGGCGCAGGAGUAGCCGGCCCCUGCUGGGGAACAUGGUGCGCUCUGCCCGGCCCAGCCUUCGCCUGUAUGACCUGGAGCUGGACCACACCAUCUUGGAGGAGGAUGAGAAGCGGAGGCUGCUAGUGAAGGAGCUUCAGGGUCUGUCGGUGGCCCAGCGGGACCACAUGGUCCGGAACAUGCCUUUGAGCCUGGGUGAGAAGCGCUGGCUUCGAGAGAAUAGUUGGAGCCCAAAGGGAAAGAGGAGGGGCCAGCAGGACCGAGGUGGGGCCUUCUCCUGCUGCAGCAGGCUCAGAUACAGCUGCAUUCUGGCUCUGCACAGCCUGGGGCUGGUGCUGGUCUCAGGACUGUAUGCUGCCAGGCCAUGGCGCUAUGCUCUGAAGCAGAUUGGCGGCCAGUUUGGCUCCAGCGUCCUCUCCUACUUCAUCUUCCUCAAGACCUUAUUGGCCUUCAAUGUGCUGAUGUUGCUGCCUUUGCUGGGCUUCCUCGUGGGUGUGCAGGCUGCCUUCCCGCCUGACCCACCAGACCCGGUCCCUACCUGCUCUGGUCUAGAACUCCUCACAGGCAGGGGCUGCUUCACGCACACCGUCAUGUACUACGGCUACUACAGUAACAGCACGCUGAGCCAGUCAUGUGACUCCUCACGGGACAGUGGCCGGUGCAGCCCCGGGUCGGGCAGCCUGCCCUAUAACAUGCCGCUGGCCUACCUCUUCACGGUGGGGGCCGCCUUCUUCAUUACCUGCAUCACUCUGGUGUACAGCAUGUCCCACUCCUUUGGGGAAAGUUAUCGGGUCGGCAGCACCAAAGGCAUCCAUGCUCUUACGGUCUUCUGCUCCUGGGACUACAAGGUGACUCAGAAGCGGGCCUCCCGUGUGCAGCAGGACAGCAUCUGCACCCAGCUGAAGGAGUUGCUGGCUGUGUGGCAACUGCAGAAGCACCCCCGGAGUGCAUGCGGGCAGCUGUGGCAGGCUGCCAUGCUAGCUGUGGGAGGGCUGCUGUGUCUGGGCACCACGGUGGGCUGUGCAGCGGCUGUCUUCACCUUUUCAGAGGUCAUGAUGCAGCGCGGCCAGGGGGUGGAGCUGCUGGCCCUGCCCCUGGUGGUCAGUGCCCUUAAUCUGGGUGCCUCCUACCUGUUCUGUGGCCUGGCUACUCUGGAGCGACAUGACUCCCCUGUGUUGGAGGUAUACAUGGCCAUCUGCAGGAGUCUCAUUCUGAAGACGGCUGUCCUGGGCGUGCUUUGCUAUCACUGGCUGGGCCGCAGGGUGGCUACACUGCAGGACGGGUGCUGGGAGAACUUUGUGGGCCAGGAGCUGUACCGCUUCCUGGUCGUGGAUUUCAUCUUCACGCUCUUGGACUCCCUUUUCGGGGAGCUGGUGUGGAGGCUCAUCUCCGAGAAGAAGCUCAAGAGGAGGCAGAAGCCCGAGUUUGAUAUUGCUAGGAAUGUUCUGGACCUGAUUUACGGGCAGACGCUGACCUGGCUGGGUGUCCUGUUCUCACCGCUCCUGCCCGCAGUGCAGAUACUCCGGCUGCUGUUCCUUUUCUAUGUCAAAAAGGCAAGCCUGAUGGCCAACUGCCAGGCCCCUCGCAGGCCUUGGCUGGCAUCACACAUGAGCACCGUCUUCCUCACCCUGCUCUGCUUCCCGUCGUUCCUGGGCACAGCUGUUUUUCUCUGCUAUGCUGUCUGGCAGGUGAAGCCCUCAAGCACUUGUGGCCCCUUCCGAACUCUGACUACCAUGUAUGAGGCAGGCACGGUCUGGGUGCGUCGUCUGGAGCGUGCUGGCUCCAGGGGCUCCUGGCUGCCCUGGCUGCACCACCUCCUGGUGGAGAAUACUUUCUUCCUUUUCCUGGUGUCGGCCCUGUUACUGGCUGUCAUCUACCUCAACAUCCAGGUGGUGAAAGGGCAAAGGAAGGUCAUUUGCCUGCUCAAGGAACAGAUCCGGAAUGAGGGAGAGGACAAGAUCUUCCUGAUCAACAAGCUUCACUCUGUUUACGAGGGGGAGCAGAACAGGCCUGGCAGAACCGAGGAGGCCACUACAUUAUCUGCCCAGUUUGUGGAUGGAGGGGACAGUCACCAUGACCCUGCAGGCAGAGACUUGGACACAGCAGUAGAAUAACUUUCCUCGUCACCGACUCCUCGAGGUGAUGGCCAAGCAAGGAUGUGGGGCUACUCUGUCCUACCUGGGACUCCCUUCCCCUAGGUUCUUCAAUUUAUUUAUUUUGAAGACAGGAUCUAUCCACACAGCCUUGGCUGUCCUGAGUUCACUAUGUACAACAGGCUGGCCUUGAUCUGCCUGCCAAGUACUGGAAUCAAAGGCACGUGCCACCACACCUGGCUUUACCCAACUUUUUUUUUUUUUUUUUUUUUUUUGUUUUUCGAGACAGGGUUUCUCUGUGGUUUUGGAGCCUGUCCUGGAACUAGCUCUGUAGACCAGGCUGGUCUCGAACUCACAGAGAUCCACCUGCCUCUGCCUCCCGAGUGCUGGGAUUCAAGGCGUGCGCCACCAUCGCCCGGCCCAACUGUUUUUUUUUCUAAUUAACUGUUUUUUAUUCUAAUUAAAUGGGUUUUGCAAUCUGGAUUUGUUUUGGGAUAGGCUCGUGACCUGCUCCUGCCAGGUACAUGUAGGUGCUUGGGACCCACAAGCCUUCCAUGGGAACCUCAGGACUUGGGGCUCAGUCAAGGUCAUCUUCUAGCAAAGGGGAAGUGGCCACAUUUUCCUGAGCAAGAUCAAAGGCCUGGCUAUGUGCCCAGGGUGAAAAACUGAUCAGUGGUGAUGUUAUGUGGGCAAAGGAAGGGGGCAUAUUUAGGGAAGGACUCCCAUAUUUAGGGAUGACUCAAUGCUAUGGGUUAAGAAGCCCCUUGGUUCACCCAUCAGCACCCAGUCUAAGGUGGAUGGUGUGGGGUGAGAUGCCCUGGGUGAACUGAGCUACAGGAGCUUGUAGGUUUUACUCCUGAGACUCAACAUAGCAUCCUUCAAGUCUGAAUGACCUUCAGUAGGUGCAGUUUUUUGGGGGGAGUCACCCUGGGUCAGGACAAAAUAGCAGUGCUGGGCCCACUUGUCCCCAUGGGUGUCUCAGCUGUCACAGCUGGAUGGUACUGUAUCUCCAGUCCCUGUGGGCCCUGCAUUAAAUGAAGAUAUCAGUUCUGUCUCACAAAGUCAGGAUGCACCACUGAGAAGGAGAACAUACCCAGGGAGUUUUCACAGAAUCACCAGCACUGCCUUCCGUGGGGUGUGACACAAGGAUCCAGGCAAUGCCUGAGAGCAGCAGAGGCUGUCAGCACCCCAGCCGACCAUGCUUUUUGUCUACAACCUCCAUUCCUUACCUUGGGAUGGGGCUCUAGGGUUCCUGGGAGUGCUUAGCAUCAGGGGCUCUACCACAAAGCCACCCCCCACUGGUGUUUGUAGGAAAGGGAGGGAAGAUGAGUUUGCUGUAACUGGCAAAUGCAAUCAACUCCAGACUGGGAAACUGUAAACUUCUGUUUAGCAGGUCGUAGCAUUUCAGUGAAUACAGAGCUCAUGUAGCCCAUGCUAGGCAAGGAUAACUGCAGUCCUGAUCCUCUUGCCUGCACUCCCUAAUGCUGGCAUUGCAGCCGUGCGUUCCUGUCACCUCUGCUUCUUGACCUUGGCUGCACAGGGGAGCACACAGGCUUUGAAACCACCUGGGCCUCUGCUCUCCUUAAGGAAUACUCAGACCAAGCACUAUGAUUUUGAAGAUUUCUGGGUGCAAUCUAGCACCAUCUGUCAUAGGUGGACACCUAAGCUGAAGGCUGUUCACAAGGAUGGAUGGGGUUGACAGAUGAGCUUGUGAGGACACCUUUAUCAGCAGUGACUCCGAAAAGCACUGGCUCACAAGGGCACUUGUCACCCUGGCCGCACAGAAGCUUCUUGGGAUAUAACCCUUGCUGCCAACGUCUGUCUGCUUCAUUCAUCGCAGGCCCCACAGUAGCUCCCACCGUGGCUUGGGUCCCAGUCGGGCUUGCCCACCUCCACGGGCAUUCUCUUCUGUCAGGCACACCACCUUGGCUGGGCAUCCUGCCUUCUGCUGUCACUGCUGUGCCACAGUCUCGUCAGAACAGUGUGGUGCUAGGGCAGCUCCAAACCUACUGCUUCCUGGAUCUGACAUAAGGCCUACUUCAUCCAAUCCAAUCCCAUGAGGUUUCUUCCACUGGUUCUCAUUCUGCUCCUCAUCAAAAUCCAACAUGGCUUCGAUGGCCGGGCCGGGUGCCACCUCCACAAACCUGUUCACUCCCUGGCUGUCUUGAAGGCACUGGAAGGCUGACAACAGCAUCUGACUGACAGGGAGCCUCCUCUAAGCCACUGCUUCUUUACUACAGGAGACAAAAACACAGCAGCUCCAAGGCUAGCCGUAGUCUGCUCUUCUGCUGAAGCUCUGGUCAGCUGAGCUGGAGGUUGCUGGAAGGCCAAGGGCAGCUUGAAAUCCUGAGUCUCACUCUUCCCUCUGGAUUCCCAUGAGGCCAGGACCCCAUGGGUGAUUUCCUCAGCAGAGCUACCAGCUCUCCUCCUCAGCACAUGGUGGGCCAACAAUAGCGUUUGAGAGCUGACCUAGUGCCACCCAUGAGCCCUAGGGCAACAAUGCCUCUGUUUUGUGCAUUUUAGCCAAUAGGUCUUAGGGGCAGAGAUCAAUAAAACACUUAGAAAGCACA